CAACAAGUCAUCUUUCUACUUCUUCCUCUCUUUCUGAAACUUAUCAGAGAGUUGAGUGAUCAUCAAAAGGCAUAAUGGAGAAAGUGAGAGAGAUAGUGAGAGAAGGGAGAAGAGUAGGAAAAGAAGAUCCGAGAAGAGUAGUGCAUGCUUUCAAAGUGGGACUUGCUCUUGCUUUGGUCUCUUCCUUCUAUUAUUACCAACCUCUCUACGAUAACUUCGGUGUCAAUGCAAUGUGGGCAGUCAUGACCGUCGUUGUCGUCUUUGAAUUCUCUGUAGGGGCCACACUUGGGAAAGGAAUAAAUAGAGCAGUGGCAACAUUAGUAGCAGGAGGACUAGGGAUUGGAGCGCAUCACCUAGCAAGUUUGUCCGGGACAACAGUAGAACCCAUUCUUCUUGCCAUAUUUGUCUUUGUGCAAGCUGCAUUGUCGACGUUUGUGAGGUUCUUCCCGCGGGUGAAGGCAAGAUAUGAUUAUGGAGUAUUGAUAUUCAUAUUGACGUUCGCACUGAUAUCAGUGUCGGGGUUUAGAGAGGACGAGAUAUUGGAUUUGGCGCAUAAGAGACUAUCGACAGUGAUAAUGGGAGGAGUUAGUUGCGUACUUAUCUCUAUCUUUGUCUGCCCUGUUUGGGCAGGACAAGACCUUCAUUCUCUCCUUGCCUCCAACUUUGACACACUUGCCCACUUCCUUCAAGAAUUUGGGGACGAAUAUUUUGAAGCGACAGAGGAUGGGGACAUCAAAGAGGUGGAGAAGAGGAGAAGGAAUCUUGAGAGAUAUAAAAGUGUUCUCAACUCAAAAAGCAAUGAAGAAGCUUUGGCAAAUUUCGCAAAAUGGGAACCGCGUCACGGCCAAUUUAGAUUUCGGCAUCCAUGGAAACAAUAUCUUGCCGUGGGUGCAUUACUCCGGCAAUGUGCUUACCGGAUUGAUGCCUUGAAUUCAAACAUCAACUCAGAUAUGCAGAUCCCAAUGGACAUUAAAAAAAAAUUAGAGGAACCAUUAAGAAGAAUGGGCUCGGAGUCGGGGAAGUCAAUGAAAGAAGUGUCCAUUUCAUUAAAGAAAAUGACAAAACCAUCUUCUUUUGAUAUCCAUGUAGUAAACUCACAAUCUGCCUGCAAAACUCUUUCAACUUUACUUAAAUCAGGCAUAUUAAACGAUGUUGAGCCUCUACAAAUGAUCUCAUUGAUGACGACAGUCUCUCUGCUCAUUGACAUUGUUAAUUUAACCGAAAAGAUCUCAGAAUCCGUACAUGAGCUUGCAUCCGCAGCAAAAUUUAAGAACAAGACGAAGCCAUCCAAGUCAGAUUCGGGAAGCAUUGUUCGUGCCAUGCCAAAUAAAUCUCAUGAUGAUGAUGAUGAUGAUGAUCAUCAUGUUGUUACAAUUUUAGGUGAUGUUGACACAUCAAACAAUGUUGAUCAAUCGCAUGGAGAGAUCUCAGUGGACUCAUGUCAUCAUGUCGCGAUAAAGAUUGACGAUGAUGAUUCGAUCCAUGAAAAACAUGAAGAUGGUGAUCAUAUACAUGUACAUACGAGUCGUGUAUCAUGUGAGCACACUAACGCUAGUGAUCUUUUAGAUAGUGGCGUUAAAAAGAAUUAGUAAUAAGGCAUAACUAACUAUUUAUUAUAGGAUUUAGAGGUGCCGGGAAAGGGACUAAUCUUGUAUAUUAAAUAAAGUUCCUUGGAACAG